UACUUCCUGUGUCUCAUGUACAUGUUCCUGGGUGUGUCCAUCAUUGCAGACCGCUUCAUGGCAUCAAUUGAAGUCAUUACCUCCCAGGAAAAACAGGUGACCAUCACCAAACCCAACGGUGAAACCACAGUGACAACUGUACGAAUCUGGAAUGAGACUGUGUCUAACCUGACCCUUAUGGCCCUGGGCUCCUCGGCUCCAGAGAUCCUGCUCUCCGUCAUUGAGGUGUGUGGACAUAACUUUGAGUCCGGGGAGCUGGGCCCAGGCACCAUCGUGGGAAGUGCAGCCUUCAAUCUGUUUGUGAUAAUUGGUCUGUGUGUGUGGGUAAUCCCAGAAGGAGAGUCUCGCAAGAUCAAACACCUGCGAGUGUUUUUCAUCACGGCUUUCUGGAGCAUUUUUGCCUACAUUUGGCUCUACCUCAUCCUGGCUGUUAUCUCACCUGGGAUUGUGGAGGUGUGGGAAGCUGCAGUGACACUGUUUUUCUUCCCGGUAUGUGUCUUGUUGGCUUGGAUCGCUGACCGACGGUUACUUUUUUACAAAUGCAUGCACAAGCAGUACCGUGCUGACAAGAGGCAUGGCAUAGUGGUGGAAAUGGAAGGGGACAAUUCCUUCAAAGACAUUGAUGUUAUCAUUGAUGAAAAAUUGUCAGAUGGUAAUUCAUGCCUUGAAAAGCCCUCUAAUGUGAUGGUGUCUGUGCAGACAGGCAACGAACUAGACCAGAACAAAGAGGAGGUGGUCCGUAUCUUGAAAGAUCUGAAGGAGAAACAUCCAGACAAAGACCUGGAUCAGCUGAUCGAGAUGGCCAACUACUCUGCUUUAGUUCACCAAAAGAAGAGUCGUGCCUUCCACCGUGUCCAGGCAACACGCAUGUUGAUCGGAGCAGGAAACAUAUUAAGGAAGCAUGCUGCUGAUCACAGACGGCGUGCAGAAAGACAGGGUGGUGAAAAAGCAACAUGCUCACAUAUUUGUUUUGAACGUGACCAAUACCAGUGCACUGAAAACUGUGGCUUUCUGAUUCUGGGAGUGAUCCUUGAUGGUGGCACAGGCCAGGACACAUUCUAUGUGGACUACUGCACAGAAAAUGGGUCAGCCAAUGCUGGAUCAGACUAUGAAUUCACAAAGGGAACUUUGCUAUUUAAACCAGGGGAAACUCGAAAAGAGAUCAAGGUGGGCAUCUUGGAUGAUGACAUCUUCGAGGAGGACGAACAUUUUUUUGUACAUCUUCAGAAUUUGAGGUUAGAAGAGGGAGGAAAUGAAGGGACAGGCACCCCACCUAAGGGUAAACUCGUAGAGCCACUGUUUGCCAUCAUCACCAUCUUGGAUGACGAUCAUGCUGGAAUCUUCACUUUUAGGCAGCAGGUACUGAGAGUAAGUGAGAGCACCGGCAUUCUUACAGUGACUGUACUGAGGAAUUCUGGCUCCAGGGGCACAGUUGCUGUGCCUUACCAUACAGAGGAUGGUAGUGCCAAGGCUGGAGUGGACUAUGAGGAGGCCAGAGGGGAGGUGGAAUUUACCAAUGAACAAACCAGUCAGACAUUACAAGUCAGGAUUUUAAAUAUGGAAGAAUAUGAGAAGCAGGAAAACUUCUUCAUCUUGCUUGAAGACCCCAAGUGGCUGAAGCGAGGAUUUUCUGCACUGCUACUUAACCAGGGUAAUGGAGGAAGAAACCCCACACCGGAGGAGAUAGAAGCCAGGAGAAUUUCUGAAAUGGGUAAACCCAUUCUAGGAGAACAUAGCAGGGUGGAAGUCAUAAUAGAAGAAGCAUGCAGCUUUAAGGGCACCGUGGACAAACUCCUCAAAGACACAAAUCUGGCCAUGGUGAUCGGCACCUGCUCGUGGAGGGAGCAGUUCGUUGAAGCAGUGACGCUCAGUGCAGGUGAUGAAGAUGAGGCGGGAGAAACACAGCAAAUGCCCAACUGCUUUGACUAUUUCAUGCACAUACUUUGCAUUUUCUGGAAGAUUCUGUUUGCUUGUGUCCCACCCACCGGGUACUGGAAUGGCUGGGCAUGCUUUAUUGUGUCAAUCUCAGUCAUCGGUGUUUUGACAGCUAUUAUUGGAGACCUUGCUUCCCAUUUUGGCUGCACUGUUGGCCUAAGAGACAGUGUCACUGCAGUUGUCUUUGUGGCCCUGGGAACUUCACUUCCUGAUACUUUCGCCAGUAAAGUGGCUGCCACCCAGGAUCAGUAUGCAGACGCAUCUGUGGGAAACGUGACAGGAAGUAAUGCAGUUAAUGUAUUUUUGGGCAUCGGUGUGGCCUGGACCAUGGCUGCUGUGUACUGGGAGGUCAAAGGAAAGGCAUUUCAUGUGGAUCCUGGAUCUUUGGCCUUCUCUGUCACACUUUUCACCAUUUUUGGCCUCUUCAGUAUGGGUGUACUAAUGCUACGCCGAAGACCAUCUGUUGGUGGUGAACUAGGAGGCCCCCAGGUCCCCAAAGUCCUCACUUCUUUGCUCCUCUUUGGACUCUGGUUCCUCUACAUUCUUUUUUCCAGCCUGGAGGCCUAUUGCCAUAUACAAGGCUUCUGAGUGAGC